AUGACCUCCUCUCAGCAAGUUGCCUUGAUCAUAGGUGCAUCACGCGGGAUAGGUCGCCAAAUUGCCAUCGAUUUAGCGAAGAAUGGCUACGCCGUAAUGCUUGCCGCAAAGACAACCUCAGAUGCAUCAAAAGUGACCCCAUUCCCGCCAGAUCCAAAUUCAUCGCUUUCCACUAUUAACACUGUAGGGCGCGAGAUCGAGGAGGCUGGUGGGAAAGCAGCAACCGUCGCCGUUGACGUGCGCAAUGCUGCUGAAAUUCAACACGCAGUCGACGAGACCGUGCGAGUAUUCGGGAAACUGGAUGUACUGGUGUACAACUCCGGUGCGAUUUGGUGGUCUUCCGUGGAGAAUACGCCGCUUAAGCGGUUUAAGCUUAUGCAGCAAGUGAAUCCCGAGGGACUAUAUGCAACCAUUCAAGCUGCUCUGCCCUUCUUCAAAAAAGGAGGCUGGAAAGGGCGCAUCAUUGUAGUUUCGCCGCCUAUCUAUUCGAGGUUUUUCAGAGGGAAGACUGCAUAUGCAAUGGGCAAAGUCGGAAUGAGUGUCUUGGUCAAAGGCCUGGCCAUGGACUUCGUGCGUCAAGGCCAAAAUGAAAUGGCGGUGACGAGUAUCUGGCCUGCAUCGUCGAUUGAAUCAGCAGCUACAGAGCAUAACAAGGCAUCUGACAAAUCCUACAGGCAGGAUCUGAGAAAACCGACAAUCUUCUCAGAUGCCGUUUUGGCCAUGCUUCGGGCCCCGCACAAAUUAGUAAACGGGCUUCUGGAUACAGACGAGGACUUUCUUCGUGAGCAAUGCGGGGUAUCUGACUUUUCGAAAUACUCUGUAAUCCCAGGGUCGACGCCACGGCGAAUCAUGCCGGUCAAAUUCCCGGGGCUGGGGGUUGCAGAGCAGGAUGAUGAAGGGCAGCGAAUGGAUAGCACGAAGACGCAGGCGAAGAUCUAG